AUGUUCUUCAAGAAGCUGCUCACUUCCGCUGCAGCCCUCACAGGCACUGCGCUCGCCCAGAGCAAGGCAGGUGUCGAGGACCUCGACAAGCCCCGCAGAGACCUCUUCGAAAAAGACCUCUCCAAGUGUCCCGGUUACAAAGCCACAAAGCACUGGGAGACCUCAUCUGGUUUUUACGCUGACCUUUCCCUCGCGGGUGAGGCUUGCGACGUCUUUGGAGUCGAUCUGCCCGAGCUGAAGCUUGAGGUUGAAUAUCAGACUGAAGACCGACUACACGUCAAGAUCUUGGAUACAAACAACACUGUCUACCAAGUCCCAGAUGACGUUUUCCCCCGUCCUGGGCUUGGACAGUGGGCUUCACCUAAAAACUCCAAGCUCAAAUUUGACUUCAAGGCGGAUCCCUUCUCCUUCACUGUUUCCAGGAGGGAUACCGAUGAAGUGCUUUUUGAUACAUCGGGCAGCGAUCUUGUAUUUGAGAGUCAGUACCUCUAUCUCAAGACUAAGCUUCCCAAUCACCCUCAUCUCUACGGUCUGGGCGAGCACAGCGAUCCUUUUAUGCUGAACUCGACCAACUACACCCGCACUAUCUACACCCGCGACUCAUACGGUACACCCAAAGGCCAGAACCUCUAUGGAGCUCAUCCCAUCUACUUCGAUCAUCGGGAGAAGGGCACCCACGGUGUUUUUCUUCUCAACUCCAACGGCAUGGAUAUUUUCAUCGACAAGAAGAAUGACCAGCAGUUCUUGGAGUACAACAUCAUUGGUGGUGUUCUCGACUUUUACUUUGUUGCUGGACCCUCGCCUCGUGAUGUUGCAAAGCAGUACGCCGAGAUUGCAACUCUGCCCCUCAUGACGCCUUACUGGGGUCUUGGUUUCCACCAGUGCCGCUACGGCUAUCGCGAUGUUUAUGAGGUUGCUGCUGUUGUAGCCAACUAUUCCGCUGCCGGUAUCCCGCUCGAGACUAUGUGGACAGAUAUUGACUACAUGGACCGUCGACGCAUCUUCACCAUUGAUCCUGAGCGCUUCCCUGCAGACAAGUAUAAGGACCUUGUUGACACCAUUCAUGCACGAGAUCAGAAGUACAUAGUCAUGGUUGAUCCAGCCGUCUAUGACAUGGAAUCCAACCCCGCCCUUGACUCUGGUCUCGAUUACGACACUUUCAUGAAAGAGCCCAACGGCUCAGACUACCGAGGUGUUGUGUGGGCUGGACCCAGCGUCUUCCCUGACUGGUUUAACCCCAACUCACAAAAGUAUUGGAACGAGCUCUUUGUCAAUUUCUUUGAUGGCGAGAAUGGUCCUGAUAUCGAUGGUCUCUGGAUUGAUAUGAAUGAACCUGCCAACUUCUUCAACCGUCCUUACCCUGGCAACAACACCACUCCUGAGAAGUUCGCAGAAAUUGAUGGUGACCCGCCCAAACCCCCUCCUGUUCGUGAUGGCCCUCCUGCUCCUAUUCCUGGUUUCCCCGACAGUCUCCAGCCCGCAGCUUCUCGCCUUAACACACGUGGGUCUGGUUCCAUCGCCCAGGCUAUUAUCCGCAAGCGCUCCGUGGCUGUCCGCACAACAUCCCACAGUCGUGGUGUAGGGCAGUGGUCUAUCAAGAAGCACUGGGGCCAGAACAAGUAUGGUCGUCCUGGCUCCAGCUGGCAAAGCGGCAAGAAGACUGGAUCUGGCUGUGGUCCGGAUGAGUGCAAGGGCCUUCCCAACCGAGACCUCAUCCAGCCUCCAUACAUGAUCCAGAACGGCGCUGGACCUACACUCGCUGACGGCACUACCGAUACCGAUCUUGUGCAGAGCGGAGAUUAUCUCCAGUAUGAUACACACAACUUGUACGGCGCUCAGAUGUCAACACACUCACACAAUGCCAUGCGUGCUCGACGUCCCGAUAAGCGCGCUCUCGUUAUCACGCGGAGCACCUUUGCUGGCUCGGGCAAGGAUGUUUCUCACUGGCUUGGAGACAACCUUUCGAUCUGGGACCAGUAUCGCUUCAGCAUUGGUCAGCUUCUUCAAUUCGCGUCCAUCUAUCAGAUUCCUGUCGUUGGUGCCGACGUCUGCGGUUUCGGCGGUAACGUCACCGAGACUCUUUGCGCUAGAUGGGCUACGCUUGGAAGCUUUUACACCUUCUUCCGUAACCACAACGAGAUCAGCGCUGCAUCCCAGGAAUUUUACCGUUGGCCCAAGGUCGCCGAGGCAGCCCGCACUGGUAUCGCCAUUCGUUACAAGCUCCUCGAUUACAUCUACACUGCUAUUUACAAGCAGAAUCAGACAGGCACCCCCACUCUUAACCCUCUGUUCUUCAACUACCCCAACGACAAGAACACAUACUCUAUCGAUCUUCAGUUCUUUUACGGUGAUGGCAUCCUCGUUAGCCCUGUCACAAAGGAGAACAGCACUGAGUUGGAGUACUACCUCCCUGAUGACAUUUUCUACGAGUGGUCUACCGGAAAGCCUGUCCGUGGUACUGGUUCAUACGAGUCUGCAGAAGUUGAACUCACUGACAUCAUGGUCCACUACAAGGGUGGUAUCAUCUAUCCCCAGCGCGUUGAAAGUGCCAACACUACCACCGCUCUCCGCAAGAAGGGUUUCAAUCUGGUCAUCGCACCUGGUCUGAACGGCAAAGCCUCUGGAUCUUUGUACCUUGACGAUGGCGAGUCUGUCGUUCCAGACGCCGUGUCCGAGAUUGACUUCACUUACACUAAGGGUAAGCUGAGAAUGAGUGGAAGCUUUGAGUACGAUGCCGGUGUCAAGAUCGAGACGAUCACCAUUCUUGGUGUCGAGAAGCAGCCUAAGGGGACGGAUCAUGCAGAGUAUGACCCUGAGAAUAAGAAGUUGAUCUUCAUGGCGGAUGUACCUUUGACGAAGAAGUGUUAUGUGGAUCUCUUCUGA